CUCCCGGUUUAAAUCGCAGCAGCUGCGAGUCCUGCUUCAGUGUGAGCAGCGGCAGCAGCAGCAGCAGGAUGGCGUCCAACACCGGCACCAUGGCCAACCUCCCCAGCGGGGUCGGAAUCUGCACCACCAUCCCUGACAUCCUCUACCUGCCGGAGCUGAUCUUCGGUGGGCUGGUGUGGAUCCUGGUGGCGUGCACUCUGGUGGUGCCGCCGAACCCUCAGGGCUGGGUCAUGUUCGUGUCCGUCUUCUGCUUCGUCAUGACGUUCAUCUGGAUGGUGGUCUUCGCCUGCGGGGGCCACAGCAACAGGAGCAGCUGGGCAGCAGCCGACUUCAUGUAUCACGGCAUCGCUGCCUUCUUCUACCUCAGCGCUUCGGUGGCUUUGGCCAAAGUGACCCUGGACAUGAAAGACGGGGGCAGCUUCCGAAACUACCAGCUGGACAUCUCUGCGGUGGUGUUCUCCUACGUGGCGACUCUGCUCUACUUCGUCCACACCAUCCUGUCCGCCAUCCGAUGGAAAUCCUUCUGAGCCGCAUCAGGACUGGGUGCGUCUUCACCGGGAGGACGACAGCAUCGGGACGCGAAGAGACGAAGUUUGUCUUUGAACCGCUCAGCACAAAGUCAUCAUGUCCAGAGCCUGUCAGCGGGUUGGACCGGCCGUCAGACCACACUGAUGUCCUGUCAGCUGCUGAUGUUUCUCCUGUCGUGAAAAGCUUCCUCUGGUUUGAUUCUGCUUUUAUAUUUUUAUACGAUUCAAAGCUCAGCGAGACGUGGAUCAGAACAGGAAAUCAGCCUGACGCGUUUUAUAAAAGACUGCUUGAUUUUUGUACAUUUUUGAAAAUUGGCUGAGGAUGAAUAAAAGUGAUGUGUGGAAACUGAAA